UCACCUGUGCUAAAAUGGGAGAAGUGGGACUGUGGAUAGGCUAAACAGAGCGUGUUUUAAGGAGGGAGAAGAAAGGAGAAAGAAUAGCAAAGAAUUUUCUGCUGAAACAAAGAAAGAAAUGUCUUGCAAUGCAACUUCACUUAGUUUUGGGCUUGGUUUCAGAACACCCAAAUUCGCUUCUCCUUUCCUUCCUUCGCCGUUGCCGCUUUCCUCGUUCUCGACCCAAUGGCAGCCUAACGCUCUCUCCAUUGAAGCCAAGGCCGGAACCCGCAGAGAGGACCGCACUGCCCGCCAUUCGCGCAUCCGUAAGAAGGUUGAAGGGACACCGGAAAGACCAAGACUGUCUGUAUUUCGAUCCAAUAAGCAUCUGUAUGUUCAGGUAAUUGAUGACUCGAAGAUGCAUACUCUUGCUUCUGCUUCAACAAUGCAAAAGCCAAUCUCCGAUGAUCUCAAUUAUAGCUCUGCUCCCACUAUUGAUGUGGCAAAGAAAGUGGGCAAAGCAAUUGCAAAGUCCUGUCUUGAGAAAGGGAUUACAAAAGUGGCCUUUGACCGAGGUGGCUACCCUUAUCAUGGACGUAUUGAAGCACUUGCUGAUGCUGCUCGGGAACAUGGUCUCCAAUUUUAGGCCUUGGAUGUAGUAUCAACUCUAUCAACUUUUCUAUUAUGCCGUUGUCUUUUCACUACCCUUUCUGCAAUGGUAUCUCUUUGAGGUGCCUUGACUUGGAUUCACUGUUUGUGCAAAUGUAAGUUGUAGGGGCUUUGUUCUUCAUGAACCUUUUUGCUCAAGUUAUUAAAAGAAGUUGGAGAUGCCCUGUGGUAAAUUCAUCACGUUUCAUUUGCAAAUUCUGUUUGACAUUGCAACAA